GCGAGGAAAGGGUAAAAGACGAUCUUCCGGAGAAACCCUUUCUCGGCUUCACGGAGCCCUCACCAUUCUCCUUUCUUCACCCACUCGUAAAUCUACAACUUUAUAAAGAGAUGGAUCCGACGGAGCUAAAACGUGUGUUCCAAAUGUUCGACAAAAAUGGAGACGGGACGAUCACGGGUAAAGAGCUGAGCGAGACACUACGAAGCCUCGGGAUAUACAUCCCUGACAAGAAGUUGACUCAGAUGAUCGAGAAGAUCGACGUGAAUGGUGACGGGUGCGUGGACAUAGACGAGUUUGGGGAGCUUUACAAGACGAUAAUGGACGAGGAAGACGAAGAAGAAGAGGACAUGAAGGAAGCUUUCAAUGUGUUUGAUCAGAAUGGAGAUGGGUUUAUAACGGUGGAUGAACUGAAGGCGGUUUUGUCUUCCUUGGGUCUAAAGCAAGGUAAGACCUUGGACAAUUGUAAGAAGAUGAUAAAGCAAGUGGAUGUUGAUGGUGAUGGUAGGGUUAACUACCAAGAGUUUAGACAAAUGAUGAAAGGCGGUGGUCUUUGUUCUUUGAGUUAAAAUAAUUUUCAUGUUUUUGGCAUUUUUUUUGUGUG